AUGGAUCCUCUGCAGGUGGCAGAGGAGGUGGUGGAAUCCAGUCCUAAUAAAUUGGAGGAUAUAUACAGGCUUCUGGACGAAGGAUCUUUCCCAUCUUCUUUCUGCUCUAUCAAGAAGAAAAAUCUGAAACGAUAUGCCCGCAAAUUUACACUGGAAGGUAAGAAGACAUGGGCUAGACCAGUGGUUCCCAAACUUUUUAGGUUCAAGGUGCCCUUAAUAUUUCAAUAUUUUUUCCAAGCCACCCCAAGGUUGUAUAUCUGUACAGCGCUGCCACAUUUACUGGCUCUGUAGUGUAAUGUACAGUGUUGGUGUUUAAAGGGGUGCUUGCUUACAUUUAUUGUGUUUUAAUACAGGGUUGUGUCUGAAUGUAAUGUUCACUUUUAAAUGUGGAUGUACAUUUGUGUGAAGUAUUUGUGUGUUCAGUCAGGUGACACAUUUUGACAUUCAGAUUUUAAGUCUCUACAAUUCAUAAUUUAGAGAGAGAGGAAAAAAAAACCUGUUUUGGCUUCCUAUUAAUAAUAAACGAACAUCCCUUAAAAUUAGUCCAAAGUAGGGAAUUUGAAACAUAGCUGACUUGCAGAAUAUCUUUCACAUUUGGAUAUUUUGGACUAAAAUUUAAAAUCCACUCUGAACUAAUGACAAACUUUUUAUACUUCCUUCAGUAUAUAAUACAAUGAUGAUGGAGUUAGCAUUAUAUCAAUAAAUGGUUAAUGAAUUAUCAGAAAGUGUCAGUAUAAGCAAACACUGCACCGGCUGGAGGUUUUUAAGCUUGUUCAACAUCUUUACCUUUGUUUAUUUCUCUGUUGGAUCUUGCUCUUACUCCAGGUGGUUGCUUAUAUUAUGUUGGACCAAAAAAUGAAGAGAAGAGAGAAGUAAUAGUUGACCCAGAGAAAAGACACCACAUCUUUCUAGAGAGCCAUCUUACAGAUUCUGGGCAUCAUUUGGGGCAGAAGAAAACAGUCAACAGGAUUCAAAGCAGAUAUUACUGGCUAGGAGUAGUGAAGGAUGUUAUAGAUUGGGUAAGUGUACUCCUUUAUUGAGGGCAAUGCAUUUUGUUCCAUUGGAUAGCACAUUUUGUAAUGUUUGUAGUUAUUUAGUAAUAUGGUGGAUAACAUGGAAGUAUAUCGUGUGUGUGUGUAUUGGUUUUUCUUAGUAAGUUACAGAUGGGUCAUAUAAUUGUAAGUAUUAACUCACAAUGCCAAUAGAAAAUGUAGGAUGGAGUGGGCUGCAUUUUAAGAGACUGCCAAUAGCCUUUUCAUGGAAACAAGAAAACGAGUAGUUGCAUAGAUUGUUCCCAGCUGUGAUGGUUGAUGGCAGAUAAUACACCAAAGCUGAAUAAAGGAAUGGAUUAAAUGGUUUAUCUUUCAGUUCUUACGAUCUGCAGCUUUUGACAGAGCACAAAAUGCUAAAAACACUUCCUAGUGUUCUUAAAUAUGAAUUUAAUAUACACACGGUAUUUCCAUAUUAAUCUUUUCUGUUUAUGGGGAAAAAAUAAAACUUGAAAUUGUAAGGGAGAUAAGCAUUUACUGGCAAACAGUAUAUGGUAUUGAGCAGGUAGGUAUUCAUUAACUAAACCUGCCAUACAAUAUCCAUCUCUGCUCUGAAAUUUGCAGUUUCCAGUUGAAGGUCUUAUUCCCCCCUAAAUGUAAAGAUAUCUUGUGUAGUCUUGUCUGUUAAUGUCAUGUUUUGCCAUCACUACCAUUUAAUGUCUCAUCCAAACUUUUAAUUGCAAAAAAAAGACUGUCUCGUUUUGUGCAGAUCAAGAUGUGUGAAACCUGCCAAAAUGCAGACUAUCAUAAAACUCCAUCCAGAAAAUGCAAGCCUGCGAGAGCUCAGUACCCUUGGGAGAUUUUGGGAAGUGCUGUUCAUGGUUAGUAUUAAUAAUGCACAUUUUAGUGUCAGGGGUGAGGAAUGCGUUGCUUUGCAACCAGGAGCCUAUUAAUUUUAGAGGGAACUGUUGUCAGAAUCAAAUAACUUAUUUUAUUUUUGCAAAGUUCUGCUGUAUUGAAGUUCAUAUUUGGAAUAUCAGUCAGUUACUGUACAGCUGGUGUUUUAAUUUUUAUAAUUUGGAUUAUAGGCCUUGGAUCUAGUAUUUGUACAAGUUAUGUCACUGAUUAAAAAAGGGUGCUUUACUUACAAAGACUUUAAGUUACAAUAUGUAGUCCUCAAGACUAAAAGGGAACUGUCCCUGCCUAAAAUAUUACGUUGUAAAUUGUGGUGGGAAAAUGAAUUAAUUUGUUGGUUCACUGAAAUGGCAUAUAUUAAAGAACGCAUGAAGUAACAGAUAAAAAAAAAUAAAAAUUUAAUUAAUUGUGCAGAAAAUUAGAUGACAUUUUGAUAAAUCUCCCCCCAUUAUUUUAGAGUCUCUUCUUCUCUGCCUGCACUGAACUGAAUUCUAUUGUACUUUGCUAAAUCUUUAAUAUAAAUUUUAAAGGAAAUGUAGCAUUACAUGGGAAAAAAAUGUAAAGGGACACUCCAGACAUCAUAGCAACUUAAUCAGAAUAUGUUGUAAUGGUGCAAGAAAGGCCCUGAGCACCAGCUUAUCUCAAAAGUUAACAAACUAUUCAUCCACAAAGUAUUGCAACUGACACCCAACCACUCUGCUUAAUUACUAUUGACGCAGUCUGGGGCUUCAAUCUGGAAGCUGCUGAUAGGCUGAUGCUCUUGCCUAUCAGUACCUCCCCAUUCACCAAACUGCUUAUGAAAUGUAUGUGUAUGAAGUAAGCUGGCGACCUAAUUGCACCAUAACAACUUUAUUCUGGUUAAGUUGUUGUGGUGUGCAGAGUGCUCCUUUAAAGGUUUACUCCAGCAUAUAGGUGGACUGUGCCACCAUUUGCUGUUAUGCAUCAGCAUUUUACGUGUGUUGGCUUCAGACAUCAGAUUUGAACAGAAAUCCCAUUAGCCAAUCCAUAACUCUUGUUGCCGGAGGUGGAGUUACAUCUUUGGCAGCCGAGUGGUAAACCUUGUAUGUGCAGCAUUUCAUAAUGAAGCACUGCACAUACAGACUCCAGGCACCAUGAUGACUUCAAAACAGUGAAGUGGUCUGGGUGCUUGAGGCAACACAAGUUAAUGUUGAAUUUUAAUCUUUUGUUUAGUGGUUUAAUUUCCCGAGAAUUGAUUGUUCUCCUGUAUUUGAUACAGAAAUAAACAGGCAGUUUUUUGUUUUUUCCUUUUUUACAUGUAGCCUUAGCAUUAUAUGUUCAAUUUUGUGUAGCCUGUUAUAGUAUAACUACCACAUAGGUUUUUAUUUUUACAUAAAACUAUUACAUUCUGUGAGACUGAAAUUGCUGUUUAGCGAAUGAGCGACUGUGCUGGAUCUUGUAUUAUAUAUAUAUAAUAUGCACAACAUUUCUAACUCUCAAUUUUCAUAUUUUUUUUUCAAAUUCCAUUUAGGACCUUUCCAGUCAACCUCUCGGCAAAACACUUAUGUAAUAACAAUUACCGACUUUUUCACAAAAUGGACAGAAGCUCUGCCCUUACCUAGAAAUGAUGCUACAUCUGUUGCCAAGGCAUUAACCACUAUAUUUUACAGGUUUGGAUAACACUUUAUAUUUUACUUGUUUAGAUCCAAGUAAUAGUUUAAAAACUUACUGCUUUAUUAAUGGGACACUGAGCACUUUAGCCACUAGCUCAUUGUAGUAUUUAUGGGGAAAGAGUCAGUUGGUCUUUCCUGCAUAUACAGCCCAGCCCUUCACCUGCCAUGUGGCUAAUGGAACAGAUUUAAUAAAUUGCACAGAAAAUUAGAUAUAAAAGUGUCCACAACAUUUUGGUAAAUCUCUGCCUGGACUGAACUAAAUUCUAAUGUAACUUGCCAAAUCUUUAAUGUAUGUUUUAUUAAGAAAAUGAAGUAUCAGGUAAAAAAAAGGUUCACACCAGGCACCAUAACAACUUAAUCAGAAAGUGGACUUCCUCUUUCAACGUUGAGCACAAAAGGCUGGGCAUGUUAGGGGAAGUUUUUAUGAUGGUCACAAAACCAGUAUGUGUAUUCCAUAGUUUCUCGUGUGAGUAAAUGUUGGCACAACCUGAGAAAAUUUAACGAGGCCUAACCAGAAAUAUGUUCACAUACAAUAUGUUCAGUGUACUCAGAUUGCAGGAAAAUAGAUCACACAGUUUAUGCUUUUUGUCAAAACACUGAAUGAAAAUGGGGAAAGCUUAAGUUAGUGGGUUUUUGUUUUUUUCAGUACAAAAAUAUAUUGGCUAAAUAACGACCUUAAACUUGUGUGCUUCUUAACAUAUUUUCUCAAUUUACUCGCAGUUCUGUUGGAACAAGAGCGCCUCAAUCUUUUAAGUUUCUUUAGUUGGCAAGACCUUUGUUAGUUUAAUACCCAUGUAGAACCACUGCAAGGCUGCAGGAUUUAAAGCGGUAAUGUGAGAAACAGAAACACUAUAUCAGUUUUGUAUUGGUUAUGCUGCCAGAAAGUACCUGGUACUGUCCCAUUGUUAAAAGUCAAACCAUGUUUGAGCAGCUUCACACUUCCCUCAGUGUGCCCAGAGGCCUUUGGUUUAGCGCCACUUUUCACACAUGCCACUAAAGCAGAGGUUCCCUUUUCCUAUUAGAUAUAUCAAUUUUGUCCAUAUUGGACAUAAUUCAUUGACUGAGAGUGUCAGCUGACACUGACUUUCAGCACUCCAUAUGUUGUGGAUUACAUAUUUCCUGAUUUUGGCUUUUGGCUUAAAGAGCAUUAUGAGGUAUUUAGUCCUCAACGUCUAAUAUGCUGAAGGUUGCCUACCCCUGCUCUCUGCCAAUGAGUUCUGUCCAGACACGUGUAAGUAGAAAUUUUAACUUUGAAAUAUCUGUGAGGAGGGGCCAAAGCACGGGUGCCCAGAGGACUCAAAGUGUCAUUUGGUUUCAUUAUUUACAGUGGCCUUAUGGUAGUUAUGGUGCUUGAUACUCAAUUGAUUCAACUCAUUAGAUAGAACUAAUACAUAAUGUUAUUCGUUUAUUUAUAUUAGCAUUAUGCUUAGCUUUUCAUAAUAUAACUGGCACAUUUUUCUCCUUAAAGGUUCGGCGCUGCCAGAACCAUUUAUACUAAUCAGACCUGGGACAUCUGUGAGGAGGUACGUGAUGUGGUGGCUUUAGAUAUUCAUAUUUUACAUGUUGUAACUUAUGCAAUUUUUUUUUUUUUUAAAUAAACAAAGAAAUACAUUCAAAUUGGUGAAGAAAGGGAAUGCGUCUAACAAAAAAAACAAUUGCAUUCUGGGUUUAGGGUAUCUUAAAAAGACACUGAAAAAUGUUUUGUGAAAAGGGGAAAUCGUAGCUAAGGGCUGAAGGUAUAUGGCCAAAAGUAAACAGUGUUCUAUCUCUAGCUUGUGGUUGUUAUAGUAUUCAGUCAUGAUAAAACAGUAUAAAACAAAAUGUAAAGAACCCUUAAACAAGCAACGGUGUCAGUUCUGGGAGCAAGUGGAAUAAGCAGUCAGUUUAGCCAACAUCUGGUCUCAACACAGCUCAUAAACCAAGUUCCACUUCAAGAACAACUGCUUCAGAGAGCCCAAAGGGCAAUCGUCAAAAAGUUGAUCUGCAAUCUUGUUGCUUUAUGUGGAAGUGUACAGGAUAAGUGAGUUGUUUGGUGGAACAUUUUACCUGUCAUCGCUAGGGGACUGACCUCAAGCUCCAUCAAAAAGUGUGUUGGAAAGGGGUUAGUUUAAAAACGACCCAUCCCCAGCAGGAGUAAGGGGGGAAGCAGCUUGUUUGCCACAUUGACAGUCUAUCAAGAUGAUUCACUUCUGGACAAGGUAGUGACCGUUCCUCUCUUCAUAGAGCAUCAAGGCUGUAGAGCUGCAAUAUCGCAAAGUUUGAAGCAGAGAGCCUCCCACAACCUAAAGGGAGCAAUAAAUAACCUGAAAAUUCCUCUGAUAAUAAACUAAUAUCCUGUCUGUUUCUGGAGCAAUUUGUGGCAUGCAGCAGUUAAUUUGAAAUGAUGUUAGUCGCUAUCAGUAUCAUGACCUAAUACAAGAUAGAGCUUCCAGUAACUCAGGAAUUUAAGUCUAUGCCAGGUCUUCUUGACAGUCAUAAGCAGAAAACUGCACAUCAAAGUAGGUUCCUCCUCCUGUUGGCAUAGAGUUCCAGUCAGGGAGCUGGGAUAGGCAAGGCAGUGCUCUCCAUGUUUGCUAGGCCAUGAUUAUAAAGUUAAACAAAAUUAAUAAAGAAAGCAUUGCCCCAUCCUAGGGCAAUAUGAAGAGUCACUGUAAAGUAGGAGGAGGCUUUGAAGAGGCAAAAUGGGUUUCAAAAAUCUUGAAGAGGAACUCUGUCUCUAUGCAGGCAAGCCGCACUCCUGCCUUAAAGGACAAUGUUGACCUCAAAACUAUUUUUAAUAUAUUAAUCCAUUGAUCAGGUUUUGAAAGGAAAUAUUUUUUUAUUUUUUUUUAAUCAAGUGUAUAUAUAAAAAUGAGAAGAAUUCAUUCCUGGCUUUAGUGUGUGACAAGAUCCUUCAGCCUUGUACGUGCACCUUGGGUCAGACACUAUUUAAAAACUGGCAGACUUUUCCCUGCAUGUUAGACUGUAGAGACUGUCUAUUUUUUAACUGCCUGACCUAAUGUGCAUGAAUAUGGCUGAAGGAUCCUGUUUAUAUGCUAAAGGUAGGAAUUAUUUAUUGUAAUUUUUAUAUAUAUAAAAAUGUUUCCUUCCAAAAUUUCAUGAAAGGAUCAUUAUGUUAAAAAAAAAAAAAAUAGAGGGGACAGUGGUCCAUUAAAUCUAUAUUCUAACAAGUUUAAUUUUCCAUGGUUUGUACCUGAACUAAUAUAAUGUGUGUUUUUUCUUGUAUGCAGGUCAGUAGACAACUUUGCGAGAAAUGGAACAUUUUACAGACUGUGACCUCAGCCGACACCAGCGAGUACAUGGGAUUGGAUGACAGAACCUAUGAUUCUCUGAAAUCCUCCAUUAGGAGAGCAGUGAGUGAGCACCAGAAAGAUUGGGAUGAACAUCUAGAACAUAUUGUGUAUGAACUCCGGACAACCAUUAAUCCAGUCACCAAGUAUACCCCAUUUUACCUCAUGUUUCAUAGGGACUUUCAGAUGUCUCCGGUGGUAAGUUUUUAAGUCAUAAGAUAGUUCCUUGGGACAUUUAAUGUAAACUAAUUUAAAUGCUCAUGGAUAAUUCUCACUGGGAAUUGAAUGUGUGCAUGUUAUCUGCUAUCUGUACCAUACCAUAACUAGCUUAUACGGUGUCAAGGCGUGUGUGUGUGUGUGCAUAUAUUAAAACUAUUAAACACACACAUGAAAUUACAGAAAUACCCUGUCAGAGCAAAUAAAUAGGUGUAUGUGUAUAUGUGUGUGUGUGUGUGUGUAUGUGUGUAUGUGUGUAUAUAUAUAUAUAUAUAUAUAUAUAUAUGUCUUUUCUUGGGUUUCGAGCCUGAUGCAUCUACUAUCAUUCCUCUCUUAUGUUAAAUUCUUUUCACUGAAGGAAUUCUUAGUUUGUAGAUCCAAUAAAUAAAUCCACAUAAUCUUCAAACACUAGAAAACAACAGAAAAGAGCCCACAAGGCAUAACGAAGGAUUUAAUGGAAUAAAACCACUAUUGUAAUAACUUACAAUCUUCUUAAAGUAACUCUAUAUAGUGUCAGGAAUACAAACGUGUAUCUUAGCCAAUCUAAUGCUUUCUCAUAGGAAAGCAUUGGGAGGCUAUUGCACAUGAAAGGCAAAACACUGUGCAGCACUGGACUAGUGCCGUCUGAGUGACAUCCACUAGCAGCUUUUACAGUGCUCAGCCUCCUGGGACAGACUGUAGACAUCAGAACCACUACAUUAAGCUGUAGUGGUUUUGGUGUCUAUAGUGUCCUUUUAAUGUGAUCUACAUAUAUUGUGAUCUUAAAUCCUCAAAUGUACAUAUGUACGCAGAUGACACGGUAAUCUAUGCGAGCAAUUCCGAUCUACCGCAGCUUGAGGCUGUGCUCCAAGACCAGUUUACAGAGGUAGAAAAGUGGAUUGCAAAAAACGAACUUUUCCUGAACACUGACAAAACUGUCACAAUGAUCUUUGGAACAGUACCUAAAUUACACAAUUCCCACCAAUCCAUCAAAACAAAUUCAAAUGGCACACUGACCGCAGUCCACUCUUUCAAAUACUUGGGUAUGAUGUUAGACCCCAAUCUAUCUUUUGGCCUGCACAUAGAAAAGCUUGCAUCUAAACUUUAUCCAAAACUAGGUGCCCUGUACAUAAACAAAUCCUGCCUAAGCCCUACAGUAAAGGAAAAGAUGUACUGCAAAUGCUGAUGCCAAUCAUUAAUUAUGGGGAUGUAGUAUAUGCAUCUGCAUCACAAUCCCACAUUAAUAAACUCAACACAUUGUAUAACUCGUUCUGCCGAUUUGUGCUACAAUGUAAUUACAGGACUCACCAUUGUGACAUGCUAAAAGAACUAAACUGGCUGUCGCUGGAAUCCAGACGCACCCUUCAUCUUUCCAGCCUUGUGUUUAAGAGCUUUUCUGGGAAACUCCCACUCUACCUGAACACAAUGCAUUCCUCAGCUGUUCCCACUUCCUAUAACCUCUGAUCCAGUACCAACACUUUACUUAGUCUACCUCAAUACAAAAAGAAAGCAGCCCGCAAUUGUGGAACGACCUCCCGCACAAUUUAAAAUCGUCCCUAAGCCUAAAGUCCUUUAAGAGAUCCCUCUCUACAUACCUCAAAACAGAAUGCACCUGUCAUGGUUGAUUGUAUAUUUCCUGCCUGUUCUAUGUUACAUAUUGUAUUUAUUGUGUAUUAAUAUUGUUUUUGUAUUUUAUUGUACCCUAAUUGUAACAAUGAAAUGAUUUGUGGACCCAGGACAUACUUGAAAAUGAGAGAAAUCUCAAUGUAUCUUUCCUGGUAAAAUAUUUUAUAAAUAAUAUACUGUAUUUAGCGUUAGACUGAUUUAGCUGGGUUGUAUUUUGCAUUCUUAUGAAAGAUACUGCAAUGCUUUCCACUCCAGCUACCAGCCGUCACCUUAAAAAACACUUUCUUUUUUGCCUAAAUGAAUUUGAUAAAAUACAGUACAUCAGCUGACUCAUCUUUUCCCUUUAUUGGAAUCUAAAGGUUUUAUAGGUCAGAUCUUGAUGCUUUCUUUUAAACAUAGUUUGGCUCCACCCCAAAAAAAGGAGUACACUUAAUUACAUUUUUUUAGUCUAGUCCAAAUGACACUAAAGUAAAAUUAAUAUUAAAAAAGAUGUAAAACAUUCACAUUUCUAACACUGCAAAUUCAAUAAAUAAUUAUUAAACAACCAAAAAAUGGUUUCUGCUUAUGUAUAAAAGAACCACAAUAAAGUGUCAUCCCACAUACUUAUUAAACUGAUAAUUUUACAUUAGCACAACCAAUUGAUUUUUUUUACACAUUGAAUAAUGAUCUCUGUAGAACCAUUUUUCUUUAAACGAGCACUUCAGAAUUUAAAAUGUACACAUGUAUUUGUAUAUCUGGAAUGUUCUAGAUUGAGAGGGUCUUCUUGCCGCAGCUUCACUCAGCCCCAGAAGAUCCACCAGUCCAGUGUUUCUUCUAGAGAAGCAUGUGCACUUAGCUCAUUCCGUUUUGAUCAUGUCAAUUCAAGGAUUUAGAUACAGUAAUACCAGUUGACAUUGAUCCCUUGCUGUGGAUAACUAAUAAUUCUGCUUUGGUUGCCUUCUAGGGUGAAGAGCCUAAAGGACAUGGACCUAUCUCCCAAAGCAAUGAAGACUUCUUCCUCUACAUUUCUGGAAUGCAGGAGCAGAGGAAAGCAGUAAGAGAGAUUGUAGGUGUCAGCCUGUUACUAUUAAAAUCUCUCUCCUGUAUUUGUUGCUGAAGGAAUCAUACAUUGAACAUGUAGGCAUUAAAGUGAAACUGGUUGCCUAAAAAGCAUUGGUGCUAUAGGCAUAACUAGAAACCACCUGGCCCUUGUGUAAAAAUUGCUUUGGGCCCGCCCUCAUGUAUCUCAUUCGCCCCCCCCAGCCCUCCAAUGCAUCUCAUUCUCUCCUUCAAGCCCACCAAUGUCUCAUCCCCCCCCCAACCCACCAAUGUCUCAUUUCCCCACCCCCAACCCACCAAUGUCUCAUUCUCCCCCAGCCCACCAAUGUCUUAUUCUCCCUCCCUCCCCAGCCCUCCCAUGGGUCUCAUUCUCCCACCCAUGUAUCUCAUUCUCCUCCCCCAAGCCCUCCCAUGUAUCUCAUUCUCCUUCCCCAAGCCCUCCCAUGUAUCUCAUUCUCCUCCCAAGCCCUCCCAUGUGUCUCAUUCUCCUCCCCCAAGCCCUCCCAUGUGUCUCAUGUGUCUCAUUCUCCCCAAGCCCUCUCAUGUUUCUCAUUCUCCCCCAAGCCCUCCCAUGUAUCUCUAUUCUCCUUCCCCAAGCCCUCCCAUGUGUCUUUCUCCUCCCCAAGCCCUCCCAUGUGUCUCAUUCUCCUCCCCCAAGCGCUCCCAUGUGUCUCAUUCUCCUCCCCCAAGCCCUCCCAUGUGUCUCAUUCUCCUUCCCCAAGCCCUCCCAUGUUUCUCAUUCUCCCCCCAAGCCCUCCCAUCUGUCUCAUUUUCCACCUCAGCCCUCCCAAGUGUCUUAUUUCCCCCCAAAGCCCUCCCAUGUGUCUCAUUAUUCUCCCAGCCCCUCCAUGUGUCUCAUCCCCUUCAGCUCCUCCAUGUGUCUCAAUCACCCUACCAGUCCCUUUCAUGUGUCUCAUUUCCCCCUACCCCUCCCCUAGUCCCAUUCAUGUGUCUCAAUUGCCACCCCUAGUCCCUUCCAUGUGUUUCCCACCCCACCCCUACAGUUCCUUCCAUGUGUCUCUUCCCUAUCCCCCUCUGCUCUCCGCUGUCCAUGUAGAGUCUCUGAGCGGACCAUGGUACACUUUCUGACAGGAAAUGCUCUCAGUGAGCACUUCCUGUCAGACCGGGUAAAUGGAAACAGAGACCACUCUACCCGCUUCUGCUCAGCCACACUACAUGCUGUGACCGGCAGGAGGGGAGCGUACAAUUCUGUCGGUCACCUUGCAACCAUGUGCACUGGGCCGGUGCAGCCGUGCGACCUUUGCGACAGUGAUAGUUAUGCCACUGCAUUUUAGGAUCAACAUUUUAUCACUGUGGUAACCAGUUUGCUAGCUGAAGUGCAGAAAAGAUGUAUGCUCCUUGUAAUGGAUCCCCUAUACUCCGGCAGAGUAUAUCCGCUGUAAGUCUCUCAAAUCCCAAGUGAUGCAGUGAUUAUAGCUCCCAAGUCCCUAAACAUCAGCCUAGACUUGAUGAAGGGUAAAACUAAUCUGUUUAAUCCAGGCUCAAUGGCCUGCUUUUAUACAAUACAGGGACACAGUAAACACACCCAUGACACUCCAAACAACACACCCAUAAACACGCCUACAAAAUGUCCCCAAAAUGCAAUGUCACCAUGACUAAGCAUAACAUGACAAAAUAUGAAAACACACAAAAAUAUAUAUUUCCCACAUAGGAACCCCCACAAUCUAUACAUCCCUAGGUAGCCUGGAUCUGAGCGCCCAACAUAUCCUAAAAGCGCUCAGAUCCCACGAACAGAGCCGAAAAUGCCACUGUGGGGAAGUUGGGACCAGUCGCACACCUGGUCCUAUGCCCAAAACAGUUCCAGGGCGUUUUGUCCUUUUGCCGGUCAACUUUGGGUGUUCCAUGCAAACAAAAUACUGAACGCACACUCUGGCUUCUUGGUAGCUUUUGUUCGUAUGAACCAUACGAACAAACCUACCGAAUGGUGCUCUCCUGUCGUUUGUGGGGAAGGAGCAGGCAUUCGUCCAAGUUCAGCAGUGUUUGGGAGUUUCAGAGUCUGAUAUUUAAUUCCAUGCGAUCGACGCCCAAACACCGCUGCCUGCAUUCUUGCGAACAAGUUCCCAUGCGUUCGUGCUUAUGAACGGUGGCCACUUAGCCGCACAAUUAAAACCCACACUGGUUGAAGUGUCAGGAGAGGUUAACAAGGAUCAAGCUCAGAGGUGGUCCGCAGUUCGUGGAUUGGUUUGGUUCCCGAACAGUCCAGGGUAAUCCUAUGAACAAAGUGUUAUAAUAGCCAUUUGGCAUGGCCCAUAUGCAGUGGGCAGGAGGCUAGCCUCAACACUCCUCCAGGAGCCAGUGGCGAAUGUCCAGGCAAAGGGGCGUUCAUCACACUUGUGUUUUAAAGGGACACUAUUUAAGAAUCAAAACAGUAUUGGCUUAAUGAAGCAGUUUUGGUGUACAGAUUGUAUUCCUGUAAUCUCAGUUGGGAGUUCCUUAGCCACACUUCCCGUAGCUGUGAUUCACAUAGUACAGUGUGUUCACUUAAGAAGUUCUUAUCUCCUGUUUUUUUAAUUGAAAUUUUAAGACACAGAAGGCCUUUAGCAGGCAAUUAACAAAGCAGGAGAUAAGAAAUUUGAAGUGUUUUUUUCAGGAAGUUUAAAUAUAAUUAUUUCAAAUGUAUGUGUGGCAAGGGCUGCAUAAGCAAAGUAAUCGAACUCCUAAACAGCAGAAAAAUGUUUAGUUAGCCUUCAGGGGCUUCAUCUAUGCAGUAAAACUACUUAAUUAAGCUAAAGUUGUUUAGUGCUUAGUUUGUCCCUUUAAUAUUUAUGUAAAAUUGCAUGGCAGUGUAUUUUCUUUCAUGAGGUCAAUGAUUUUGUGAUGUGUUUAAAUAUAAUUAGUUCAGAAAAUGGGCUUUUGCUAGUAUCGGUUGUUUGUGUCCAAUGCUUUUGGCUUCAAAAUGUACCAUUCAAGAUAUGUGUACCGUGUUUCCCCGAAAAUAAGAACAGGUCUUAUAUUAAUUUUUCCCCAAAAAAAUGCACUAGGGUUUAUUUUCGGGGGAGGUCUGUUUUAAAGUGUAAGGAAUGUAUUGUUGUGGGGUUUUAUUAUUUUUUAGAACAAACUAUAUUUAGUGGAGUCAUGAGUAGACAACAUUGUAUCAUCAAAACAAGUGGAUUAAUCAUUAAUUAUUCUUUAAACAGGUUUUAUCAAAUCUUUCUGGUGCGGAAAAGCAAGAAAGAAACAUUAUUGAAAGAUCCCAGAGGACUCCUCUACCUGUACUAUCUCAAGGCCAAACUCAGGAGUUUGGAGAGAGACCUUUGAAAAGGUUUAAGCAGGAUCAUGUUAUGGACUUUAAAUUUGAGACUGUGCUACCCACUGGAGAAAACACACCUGUUAUCGAAAAGACAAACUAA